UAUGCCUAAGGAAAUUCAGGAUGUUAAAGUGUUCCUUUCACUCAUGAAAGGUAGUGAAGCAUAAGGCAAAGACACUAGUAAAGAACCAAAAAAGAGUAGAAUUUAAUCUUAUUUUAAUAGAUCUCUAUAUUAAAGAGUCCAAGAAGAUCACCAAAUUCAAGUUGAGAGGAAAGAAAUAUCUCUUUACCUUCAAAACAGCUGAUAAGAAUAAGGCCUAAAAAAUUCAAUAAACACUUCCAUAAAGUAUUUAACCUAAUUCACAAUUACUUAGAUGUCAAUAAAAUUGUUAUUGGUGCAGGUGGAAAGAAACAAUAAACCAAAAAGAAGUAAAAGAAAUGAA